GGUGCUUUGAGCACUAUAUAAACAGUGGCAUUUGAUACCCGAGUGGAUGAUAAGAAGAGUGAACUUCUCUAGGAAGUGUUGCGAUCGAUGCUCAGUAAGAGACUAAGAGGGUGUUGAAGCUAGGCCGGCUAGAACAGAAAUUUUAAGAGGGGUGUCCUUUCUUUUGAUCACUCCUGAAGAAAGAAUUUUAAGAGGCAAAAAACAAAACAAAAUAUGGCUAGGAAUGAAGGCUUGGCACCUUCGAUAGAAAACAUGAUAUCCGUUGAGUACUUAUUCAUGUCGCCCAAGUGUUGCAUCUUCAAAACCCCUGUCAUACUCUCCAGGCAUAAUGAAAAAGCUUAUAUCCCCAAUGCAUUUUCUAUUGGCCCUUUCCACCAUUGCAAUCCAAACUUGAAAGCCACAGAAAAAAUUAAAGCCAAGUAUUUGCAAGGACUUAUCUCUCGGUCUCCGUCUCCAGAGACAAAGCUAAGAGAUCUCAUCAAUUCCAUCAAGGCCAUGGAGGGAGAGGCUCGUGAGUGUUAUGCCGGACCAAUUGAUUGCAGCCCAGAACUUGUGGACAUUUUGGUAAUGGAUGGUUGCUUCAUCAUUGAGUUGUUCCGCAAGAAUGCUUACAAAUGCCGUAGGGAAUUAGAUGACCCUGUUUUCACCAUGGCUUGUAUGCUCCAGUUUCUAUACCAUGACUUGAUUUUGCUCGAAAAUCAAGUGCCUUGGAUGGUGCUUGAGGGUUUGUUUAACAUGACCAUCGACCCCAUCAGAGAAAACAAGUCUCUAACGCAACUUGCCAUAGAAUUCUUUUCUAACAUUUUCUCAUCCACAGAUCCCGGAAUAGUUCCCCCUAUCCAAGACAUCAAGCAUAUUAUCGACCUGCUCAGAAAAUGGUUGGUUUUAUCAACCCGAGAACAGGAAGAAAGCAGGGCAGGAUGGCAGCUCAUGCCUUGUGCAACAAGCCUCGUAGAGGCUGGAAUCAAAUUCAGAAGGGGUAAGUCGACCAGAAGCAUCAUGGACAUCAAAUUCAUUGAUGGUGUCUUGGAAAUUCCUCCGUUACUGAUUCAAGAGACAACAGAAACUGUGUUUCGAAAUCUGAUCAGCUUUGAGCAAUGCUUCCCCAACUGUGAAGCUCGGUUCACUUCCUACGCCAUACUCCUUGACAAUCUUAUCAACACUGUCAAGGACAUGGACAUACUCUGCGAGAAUGAGAUCAUUGAUAAUUGGUUGAAUCCAGAGGAUGCAACCCAGUUCUUCAACAAGCUUUACCACAAUGCUUAUGUCAACGAGUACUAUUACCUAAGACUUUGCUCGCAGGUGGAUGAAUUUCGCCAGCGUAGAUGGCCUAGAUGGCGUGCAGUGCUUGUGCGCAACUAUUUCAACACUCCAUGGGCCAUUCUUUCCACAUUGGUCGCUUUUAUCCUAGUGGUCCUCACCUUCUUACAAACAAUCUACAGCAUGAAACAAUCAUCUUAAAAUCAUUUCAAUUAACUUACCAUAUAAUUGAUCCCACCAAUGUCAAUUUUCAAUGUUUUUAGGAAAAGAAGUAAGUGUUGUAUUUUCUUUUUGUUUGAAAUUUUUCAAAAUUAAUGUAAGUGUUUAUAUAUUGGGAAGUUUUCA